AUGCUGAGCAGGUUGAUGAGCGGCAGCAGCAGGAGCCUGGAGCGCGAGUACAGCUGCACCGUGCGGCUGCUGGACGACAGCGAGUACACCUGCACCAUCCAGAGAGAUGCCAAAGGCCAGUACCUGUUUGACCUUCUUUGCCACCACCUGAACCUUCUCGAGAAAGACUACUUUGGGAUCCGCUUUGUGGACCCAGACAAGCAGCGGCAUUGGUUGGAGUUUACAAAGUCUGUGGUGAAGCAAUUGAGAUCCCAGCCUCCGUUCACCAUGUGUUUCCGCGUGAAGUUUUAUCCUGCGGAUCCUGCUGCCCUGAAGGAGGAGAUAACCAGGUACUUAGUCUUCCUACAGAUCAAAAGGGAUCUCUACCAUGGCCGCCUCCUCUGUAAAACAUCAGACGCCGCCUUGUUAGCAGCUCACAUCCUUCAAGCGGAGAUUGGGGAUUAUGACCCAGGGAAACACCCUGAAGGCUAUAGCUCCAAGUUCCAGUUUUUCCCAAAACAUUCAGAGAAGCUGGAAAGGAAGAUUGCCGAGAUUCACAAGACAGAACUCAGUGGUCAAACACCAGCAACAUCAGAGCUGAACUUUUUAAGAAAAGCACAGACAUUGGAGACCUAUGGAGUGGACCCUCACCCAUGUAAGGACGUGUCAGGAAACGCUGCAUUUCUGGCCUUCACUCCUUUUGGGUUUGUUGUUCUGCAAGGAAACAAGAGGGUCCACUUCAUUAAAUGGAACGAGGUGACCAAGCUGAAAUUUGAAGGAAAGACUUUCUAUCUAUACGUAAGUCAGAAAGAGGAAAAGAAAAUUAUUCUCACAUAUUUUGCUCCAACUCCAGAAGCCUGCAAGCACCUCUGGAAAUGUGGAAUCGAGAACCAAGCCUUCUACAAGCUGGAGAAGUCAAGCCAAGUCCGCACAGUGUCCAGCAGCAAUUUAUUCUUUAAAGGGAGCCGGUUCCGAUACAGUGGCCGAGUUGCAAAGGAAGUAAUGGAGUCAAGUGCAAAGAUCAAACGGGAGCCACCAGAAAUACACAGAGCAGGGAUGGUUCCCAGCCGCAGCUGUCCCUCCAUAACCCAUGGCCCAAGGCUGAGCAGUGUCCCCAGAACCCGCAGAAGAGCUGUUCACAUCUCCAUCAUGGAAGGCCUGGAGUCCCUACGGGACAGUGCCCAUUCCACACCAGUGCGUUCUUCCUCCCAUGGGGACACCUUCUUGCCUCACGUGAGAAGCAGCCGGGCAGACAGCAAUGAGCGAGUCGCUGUGAUUGCAGACGAAGCCUACAGCCCUGCAGACAGUGUGCUGCCCACGCCUGUGGCCGAGCACAGCCUGGAGCUGAUGCUGCUUUCCCGGCAGAUCAAUGGGGCCACCUGCAGCAUCGAAGAGGAGAAGGAGUCUGAGGCCAGCACUCCAACUGCUGCAGAGGUGGAGGCCCUUGGGGGAGAGCUGAGGGCCCUCUGUCAGGGGCACGGCAGGCCAGAGGAGGAACAGGUGAAUAAGUUUGUUUUAAGUGUGCUCCGUUUGCUCCUUGUGACCAUGGGACUCCUCUUUGUUUUGCUCCUCCUCCUGAUCAUCCUUACCGAGUCUGACCUUGACAUUGCCUUUUUCCGCGAUAUCCGCCAGACCCCCGAAUUUGAACAAUUCCACUAUCAAUACUUUUGUCCCCUCAGGCGAUGGUUUGCCUGCAAAAUCCGCUCAGUGGUGAGCCUGCUCAUUGACACCUGAGAAGGCAUGACUCCUCCUAAUAACUAGCCAGGUGGACCAAGGAGCCCGGCUACCCAUUCCCAGCAAUGGGACCCAUCGCGGAACCAUCGGCACAUGUACCAAGUCCUCCUCUCAUGACUCAAAGUCCACAGCCUAGGAGGGUCAUUUCCCAGAAGAAAAAAAGGAUAGGCUCAUGCCCUGUCUAAACAAACUGGGAAAACUCAUUUACUUCAGAGGUUCUUUCAAGAAAGGCUCAGCGACUCUGUUUCUCAUCCUCCCAAUUUGCAGGAUAAUUUUUGGUUGUGAAUUUUGAUUUUUCAUAGAUGUGUAUUAUUUUCAAAGUAUCAAAUAAAAAUUUAUUUUACUAUUACUGAUUAUUGCAGUAGUGUCACCUAGCAGAUGGGACACUAGUUGAAGACUGGAGAGCUGCUGUCUUCUGUAUUCUGCAGGAGCUUUCCUACUGGGCUCCAGGAGACUCAUCAGUGCAGCCUCAGCAGGGCAGGCAAGGGGUCUAGACAAUGGGAACUAUCUAGGUUUUCUUGCCAGACAGAGAUUUUUUAAAAAGUAAACAUCCAUGUAGAAUGAUUAAAUGGAAAGUUGCUUCUUAUGAUGGUCUGAGUUGGAUUUUCUUUUCCUUUUGUUUUUUUCAAAUCUGAGCAGAGUGGGCAUCUGAAGGGACCACCGCUACAGCAGCAGCAGCAGCAGGGGUGGGGUAAGUCUGUCCCCUUAGAAUAGAUACUAGUGGGCAUCACCAUAAGUCUUGUAUAAUGAACUUAUUAGACUUCUGUGAUUUUUUUUCUGAAGAACCUCAAGAUUUUUAUAGUGUUCCAGAGAUGUUAGUUGAAUUCAGUGGUGCCAGAGAUAGGACUAUCAGAAAUGUUGGACAGAGUGUACUUAACAGAAACCAGAGCCAAGGUACUUGAGAAACUGUUGAGAUUCAGAAAGCAGUACCUAUUUUGUACAACCCCCCGCAAAAAAACUAUUUCAAUUUAUAUUUUAACAGGAAAUGUUAUUUUCUUAUCAAUUCAUAUUUUGUUUUUACUUUAUGGAUUAAGAAAAUAGAGCCUGAUGAACUAAACGAUGCAAGAAAGAAACUGAUCCUGAGAAUGAAAAGCUUCAGAAAACAGAAUUCCAAGAUCAACAAACAGCCUUGAAAGGGACCAGGGAAAGAAUCUCUUUGAACAGGCAUACUAAAGGAUGCCUACAUAAGAAAAAUGGUGAAUGUGGUAGAGACCAACACUUAGUUGUAGAAAUACUGCCCCCUAGGGUCAGCCUCCACAUCAGGAAAAUAAAAAUUGUAGGAAAGCAUUGGCCAUCCUUGCUGAAGGAAGCUGUGGAAGCAUGCAGAAGAACAGCACAGGAAGGGUGAGUGUGGGGUCCAAGACCCAAGCUCUGCAAACUCUUCACAACCACUCACAAGAUCUUGUUUUCAUCUCAGGGAGAGAUUUCUAAGUCAUCUGGGGCCUGAGGACUCAUUUAAGGAUGGUCAGUAUACAUGUACCUGGGAACCCCACAACAGUGGAGCUGCUGCUAACUUCCUAUGAUGUUGGGCAGCCCCAAAUGCAGAACAGAAUGAGUCGCUUGUAGAUUUGCUCUCCCCUAGUUUGUCCUCUGAAAUAGCAGAAUCAUGUCCAUGUACAGAGUAUAACAGCUAUAGAAUUAAUAGGGGCCACAGAGUGGGGGAGUGGAUUGUGUAAUUUUAAAUGCCCCUUCAUCUAGACUAGGGGUUGGCAAACUACUUCUGUAAAGUGCCAGAUAAUAUUUUUUUAGUUUGGUUUUGUGGGCCAUACUCUGUAGCAACUACUCAACUCUGCCGUCAUAGCACAAAAACAGCCAUCCACAGGUAAUACAUAAACAAAGGAGUGUGACUGUGUUCCAAUAAAAAAUUUAUAAAAAUAGAUAAUGAGCUGAAUUUGGACCAUAGGCCAUAAUUUGCCAACUCCAUCUAGACAAUAAAACGGCUCCUUACCAGUAUGUUAGCAGAAAGAGGGCCGGCUCUGCUCCCAUUCCUGACUUGCUACAGAUCCAGGACCAUUUCCCAGUGGCAAAACUGGGGAUGUUUGUAUAAAGGGUGCUUGAACAACCAACCAGCAAAGAGGUAUCUGAUGCCAAGAUGAGCAAGAUCAAGUGUUGAAAUGCUAAAACUCGGCCAGAAUCUAAGAAUGGAAGAAGAAUGUCUGAUCAUUUCCAUACCAGCAACAACUUGGGCAGAAUUACAAACAUCUAUUUACCAAGUGACAAGACAAACUGAGGGAGAUCCUAGUAAAAAUUAGGGAUCACUUAGAACCAACUAGCCACUGCCACUUGUCAUCUACACAGGAAAAGCUUUAUUUAGCACAGGACUGAGUGAAAAGUAGACUCAGAGAUGAAAAGGCUGUCAGGAGAUAGGGGGCUGGUUUUAACCUGGAUAUCUACUGUCUUAUGCAACAUAGCAGAUUAUCUUUUAGUGUAGUGUUCCUACCUCAGUCUGUAGAAUACGGUGUUUCUAUGCAGUGAGUGAUAGCCUUGACACUGACCUUUCAUACUCACAUUAAAGAAAGAUGCAGUAUUCCAUUUCCUGGUAUGUUACUUGUGUCUAGAGUUCUAACAAAAUAAUAGUCCAUACCACUUCUAAGAGCUGGACUUUGCUCUCUGAACAGAAUUUUUAGGUUUUUUUCCAGGGCUUACCCCAGAAAAUACAGAUAGUAAAGUUUCCUUCGAUUUGCUUUUCAAAUACUGCUUGAAUAACAAACCUCCUUUGUUGAUGACUAGUCUUUUUUUGGUAUCUCCCCAUUAUUAAACAUUGUUAAAUUUUUAACCUGGUUUAACUGUGUUCUACUAUGUCUCCCAUUUUCUCUCAAAAUUAGUUUGAUCUCAUUGUAGAAAAUAAAACAAUGGUUUCCAUAGCUUCAUCCAUCAGAGGAAAUAAAACUCUUACUAAAGAAUAGUGUACUGCAUCUUUAAGCAGUAGAAGGUAAACUACCUGCAAAUGUGAAUUUCUUAGUUUCAUUAAAAAGUAUAGUUGUUAACCUUUCGUGUGCCAAAAAUUCUAAGUUACAUUUUUCCUCAAAGCAAUGUACUUUUUUCUACAUAUGCAGUAUGUAGUUAGCAUAAAAUCAUUGGUGCCAUGAAAAUUAUUUUUUAAACUUAAAUAAAUAUUUAAAUAUCA